AUGAGUUCUGAUGGUCCAAUAUAUCGAACAACAAACUAUCCACAUCCUCAACAACAACAAUCAUCCCAAUUUUAUCAACCUACAACACCUUCUCCUCAAUCUCAAGCAUCAAAUGCUCAUGGAGGUGAUUACACUGUACCAAAUCCUCAAUCUCAUAAUGGAUUUUUUUCACCACAAACAGCAUUCUAUGGUUCAUCUAAUCAAGCAACAUCAAGCAUAGAAUUUCUAUCAAAUAAUCCAUUUCUUAAUGUUGGUUUUAAUGUUGUUGAACAAGGCAUGAAAGAUAUGACAGACAAAACUAUUAAUAUGUUACCUAAUCAAAUGAAAAAAUCUUUAUCAUCAAUAAAAUAUUAUUUUGCUGUUGAUCAAACUUAUGUUAUUAAAAAACUUUGUCUUAUCUUAUUUCCAUUUCGACCACGAAAUUGGUCAAUUGGUUAUAAUGCUGAUGAACCAGUACCACCACGAGUUGAUACAAAUGCACCAGAUUAUUAUAUACCAUUAAUGAGUGCUAUUACAUAUGUUCUUGUUGCUGGUCUUGUUCUUGGUAUACAAAAUAGAUUUACACCGGAACAAUUAGGAAUGCAUGCAACAUCGGUUCUUAUUUGGAAUAUAAUUGAAAUUUUAAUUCUUUGUAUUACAUUUUAUAUAUUUAAUAUUCAAUCAAAAUUACGUAUACUUGAUUUAAUUGCUUAUUGUGGUUAUAAAUAUGUUGGAAUGAUUACUGCUUUAUCAUCAUAUUUAAUAACAGAUUCAUUAUUUAUUUAUCGACUUACACUUCUUUAUAUUAGCAUAUCGUUAUCGUAUUUUCUUGUUAAAUGUCUUCGAUUACAAAUAUUACCUGAUAUAGGUGGAUCACAACCAUAUAAUACAAAUGGAAAUACACGUCGUAUUUAUUUACUUCUUUUUGUUGUUCUUCUACAACCAUUGUUUAUUUGGUACUUAACUCAACAUUUAAUUAUUCCUUGA